AUGUCUUUGCACUGGAUCGAAUCCAUUGAUAUUCUGAUCAAUAAAUAUUUGGAGCCGACUCUACGGCCUGAACUUCAUCCAAUACCGGGCACGCAACCUCUAUCAUUCAUCGCCGCCAUUCUGCCACCGACAAUUUACUAUUUCGCACUACUCCUCUUAGCCCCAGCCCCUCCACCGUGUGUAGAUUCUCUUCCUGCAAAGAUAGCCCGGAAUACACUUGCGGUGGUCGCAUGUGUGCUUUUUAUCCGGCUUUCUCUUUGCUACCACGUUCCACAGAGCAUCGGGUUAACGUAUCAGCUUGGCUUGGUGUCGCUCUACGGGGCAUGCCGCGUUGUCGAUGCCUUUUUCAUCAGUCCCUAUCUCUUUGGACAUAUUCCAAGGCGAGUGCAGUAUCAGCAUAGGGCAAGGCCUGAAACACGGGAUGAUGGGCCUCACUCUGCAUUGAGGGAUUGGACGGAUGGAGGCGUCACAGAUCCUUUUACUUUUGAGCGCAAAUCACGCAUUAGUCAUGGAGCUGUUGUGCUUGAAGACACAAGUUCAUCGGCCACCCGUCAUGGAAGCAAUGAUGACAGCAAGCAUGACAUGGGUAGUGCAGCGCCGAUACCUCGUGGCAGGGCACUUUCCUUCGAGAUGUUACGACGGUCAAUCAGCGGCCCAGACCCUCAACCCGUGUACGAGAUUGCCACGACGGAGAGAGGAUGGCCAAGGACCAUCUCUGACCGAGCAGCUUGGGCUCUCGAACUCGAGCUCAGUAUGCGCGGGGUCGGCUUUACUUGGACUACCGCAGAUGUUCGACAUACGAGGAAAACAUGGCUUCCUGGUGUCGCGAAUCGGAUUCACAGUAUCCUUGUGCACGUUCUCCCAGUCCUGUUGGUCAGCUGGGUUACCAUCAAAUCGGUUUACACUCGCUUCCUCCUCAACCCCGAGGGGAAUUCUCUUGAUGCUAGCGCAGAUCUCUUCGACACACGGCUCCCUAUCCACGUUCAGCUAUAUCUGACGGCGGCACUCGGUGCAUUCCUCAUGUCUGCAUUUUCUCUAGGUCAUUCCUUAUUCGCGAUAAUGCUGAGUCCACUUGCACCGUCACCACUGGCAUUCUUUCCUCCGCUCUACACUACUCGAAUCUGGAAGAUCACAUCAGUGCGGCAAUUUUGGUCAUUUGGCUGGCAUCGCUUGUUCGCGCGACUCUUCCUCGUCUAUGGAGUCUGGCCGGGACAAUGGGUCGAGAGAAAAUUAACGGGCAAGAAGGAAAGCGAACCUGCAGAUAUCGGGAAAGUCCUUGGAGGCUUCCUGUCUAGUGCGUUUGUCCACAGUUACUCCGUCAGAGGAGUCCUGGGCGGCAAGUGGUCCGAUGCACUCGGGGAAGCUCAUUUCUUUGCUCUCAAUGGGCUAGCUGUUAUAGCCGAAGAAGUAGUGAUACGUUACGUUCGAAGCUGGAGGCGACGACAUGCGAAGCCAUAUUCCAUGUGGUAUGAUCCCUGGAUUGGAAGAAUCUGGUGGACUGGGAUCGUGCUGUGGACCGGCAGAAAUUUUGCUAGAGGUUGGGUAAAGGCGAGUUUGGUCCGGGAAAUGGCGUUUAUGUAG